AUGAAUCUCGCUCCGCUGUUUGAGGAGCUGAAAUUUGUUCGCACUUCUUUGGAUCAGCUCAAAGGCCACAUUCAGCAGGAAUACGCCUACUUUCAUGGAGCACUUCACGCGGAAAAGGAUAAGUACCUAAGGCUUGAAGAACACAUGAAAGACUCAACGGAGCUGCAUCAGGCGCAGGUGCUGAACCUCAGACAGGACAUUCAAGGCCUGGAGGGUCGUCUGCAGUACCAGCUUCGCGAACAGCUACGGGAUUUGCAGGAUGUUGUCGGGCGCGUUCAGAAUAAGGCAGAUUCGCUGGAGAAGCAGAUCAAAGAAAUGCAGCAUAUCGUUGGUAUUGAGGACGUACGACAUACGUCCAAUAGCAGUCAAGCCUUUCGGGCGUUCGUGCUUUUUCUUCAGGUAGUCGUGACUGUGCUGAUGGCUGUGUGGCAGGUAAUUGGACCAUGCAUUCGAACCAGGGCACGCCUCAUUCUGAUGUUCGUCACGUUAUUCUGUCUUUUCUACAUACUGAAUCGCUUCCGAGUUCCGAGAGAGGUAUCUUGCCGAUGA